CCAUGGUGAAGCUGGGCUAGGUUGGGAAAGAGACGACAGAGAACGCGUACAAGGACUCUGGGACCAGCAGCUCCCAGCCCGCGCUGCCGCUUUAAAAGGCCCCAGUGUCACACGUGACGGGGCGUGGCCCACACCCCCGGGCCCGAAAUAGGAAGCCCCAAGCAGGCCCUCCCUCGCCGGGGGCUGGUCGCCCAUCCCCCAAUGCUCCCAGGGGUGAAGUGGCAGCCGGUGGCACCCAGUUUGCCUACGUCAGCGCGGGUCCCGGGCUCCGAGUCCCUGCCCCGGGCUGGUAAGCCCUGCUCCCUUCCCUGGCCUCAAGGCGCUCUUCGGAAUCUGAGAAGGAAGCAGUUGGGGGCACGGUGCCCGCGAGCUGGGGCGCAGGCCACCGACAUCCGUCCCCUGGUCCCUCUCCGAGUUUGGGGUCAGAACAAAGAUGAGAAACCAGAGGAGAAAGGAAACUCGCCCUUGGGCAUGAUGCCCACGCCGGGAAAGCGCUGGCCGACUCUUGGCGGCGCAGGCAUCAUCUCGAUCUUCAUUUUACAGCAACCACAGGCUGGAAAGAUGGAGAAGAGGAGAGAUGAGUAACCAGGAGAGAGCCAAUGAGAUGGGCCGGCAGCACCGGAUGAUCCGUGGGGCCAUGGGAAGGCGGGCGGCGGAGGCCUACUCAGCAUCUUCAGCUGUUCCCUGGCCCUCCCUGCCAUCUGGACGCCUCCGCUAGGGGAUGUGCUGUUGGCACAGGAGAGAUGCGAGAGGUAGAGGCCAAAGAAGCUGAGCUCGGAGGCUCCAGUGACCCAGGGAUAUGGAGACCCUCCCUUUACCCCUUCAGGGCCUAAGUCUGUGGAUGCUGACCACCCUCAGCCCACCCCCAAUAACUGGGAAUUUUCCUCUUUGGCUAGUUAUGGUGGUGAGGUUCUCUGCCUCUGCCUGCCAUGAAAUCAAGUCUUGAACAACCUUUCCCUCCACACCCUCAUACCCCUGCCUUGGUGCAGGGUCUGUUCAGAAGCAGUAUCUUUGGGAAGAGGUCUGGCUUCUAAAUCCCAAGCCUGCCACUUACUAGCUAGAGACUCAGAACUAGUGCCUUCCCCCUUUUGAGUCUCCUUUCCUCCCAAAUGGAGGGAGGCCAUCUACUUUUCUGAAUUGUCAUGAGGAUGGAAAGAAAUAACAGAUGGUAAGCCUCACACACACUAACAAUGAAUGGUGACCCCUCACCCCUUCUCCUUUCUGGGUCUCCUCCCCAGGGCAGUUGACCCAGCAGUGCUCAAGAAUAAACCAAGGCUCUUUGAGACCCAUA